GGAUUUGGUGGUAAUUUUAGUGGUGGUGGAUUGAGUGGUAGAAGAUUUGUGAUGUUGGUGCCGGUACUUCUAAGGUGCCCUCAUGUGCUUGUGAGUGCACCACUUGCAAGGACAAAAUGGAUAAUUUGAUUAGAAAGGUGGAGGAAUUGGUGCAGGCCCAAGAAGCCACAAACACUUCUAUGCAGAGGUUGAUAUCCAAGAGGGGUAUCAAUCCAUCAAAGAAUCUUUCCUCACCUUAUACUCCUGUUCAUGUUCGGAGGAGGGGCAAAGCAAUUGCCAAGGCACUUGCAUCAGUUAGAUCAAGAAGAUCUGUUGCUACUCCCAGUAAGUCAAUUGAGACUCCUCUUCUUGAUGUUGGGCCAAAAGUGCUAAAGAAGGUGGACAUUUUCAAGCCUGUACAUGCCCAAAGAAAGAAAAAGGUUGAGACUGCAAUCAAGUCCAAAAAGAGUGGGAGAACCAUGUACUCAAUGCAUGAAUUUGGAGCAGCAGACUUCAAGGCUUUGACAAGCAUGGAAAUUUGGUGGGAGGAUUGGUAUGUAGAUGAAGUCCUGCUUCUAAUGCGUAUGAGGCAAAUCAAUUUCCCUGAGUACUAUGAUUCCACUGACAUAAUCCUGGACCUCAACUUUUACAACAACAUGUCCAAGAGGUACGCAGAAUUGACAAAAGAGAGUACAGUUCCAAAUGCCGUGCCUCUGAAGGUUAGACUUGCUGAAUUCAAGUGGGAUGAUGAUAUGGUCGAUUAUUGUAGGGGUGUUAGACCCUACCCGGGUGGCUGCUCGUGGGCUGGUGCAAAGAGGGUUUUAACAGUGAUGAAUAUUAAUGUCACACAUUUUGUCACUCUCGAGUUCAUGAUUGAAGAGGGAGUGGUAAAUGUGUAUGACUGCAACGUUCCUGUCUAUGAAGAAUCUGAUUUCUUUUGUUUCAUGGAGCCGGUAAUGGAAUUGUGGCCCAAGUUAUUGCAACAGAGUGGAAUGUUCGCACACUUGCCUGCAAAGUUACUCAAUGAAUCGUGGGAAUUCAAUAGGCUACAGAAUCUGCCCCGCAAUGUCACUAGUAAGGCAUGUGGUUCGUGGUCAAUUGCUUUUAUAGAGGCUUUGCUUACUGGCACAACUGUGACAAAACCCGAAAGUCUAAUCAGCGACAACUCUGUAGGGAGGAUGCAAUGGAGAUGGGCAUUAGGUAUCAUUGAAAAGGUGUUGGAGCCCUAAGAUGGGUUGAUAAACAGUUUAUUGAUUUUGCAUUUUUUGGAGCCAAAAUGUGGCCUG